CAGAGCCGGCGAGAGGACGCGGCGGGCGGGCUAGAGCGACGCGGCCCGGCCGGAUGGGGGCGAGCCGGCAAUGGAGGACGAGCAGAGCUUCUUUGAUAUCUGUGGCGGCCCCCUGACCUUGCAUCGCCGCUACUACUCCCCGUACUGCCGGGAGUUCUGCGUCAGCUGCCCCCGGCUUUCGCUGCGAUCGCUCACCACUGUCACCUGCACCGUGUGGCUAGUGGCCUACGGACUCUUCACGCUCUGCGAGAACAGCAUGAUCCUCUCUGCUGCCAUCUUCAUCACUCUUUUAGGCCUACUUGGUUACCUCCAUUUUGUGAAAAUUGAUCAAGAGACUCUGCUAAUCAUUGAUUCCCUUGGCAUCCAGAUGACUUCUUCCUAUUCAUCUGGUAAAGAAAGUACCACCUUCAUUGAGAUGAGCAAGGUGAAGGAUGUUGUCAUCAAUGAGGCUAUUUACAUGCAAAAGGUAAUUUACUACCUCUGCAUUUUAUUGAAGGACCCGAAGGAACCACAUGCAAUAUCCCAAGUAGUACCUGUUUUCCAGAGUGCCAAGCCCCGGCUGGACUGCCUGACUGAAGUGUACAGGAGCUGCCAGGAGAUCCUGGCACACCAGAAAGACACAUCAACAAGCCCCUGAGUCCCAAGACAGAAGGCCAGUAUUGUCUUCCAUAGGAGAUGACUCCUAAGCCAUAGUGGCUGGUUUUUUUUUCUGUAUUCUAGACCACCAGGGGAACACAGUCCUAGAGACCAGUAUGGAUGCAGUGAAUCGAAUAGCUAUAGAGCCAGUGACUGGAAACCUAACUCAUCAUGUGAUGUUGAGCAAAGGAUUUAUGUAUUUGAGUGUUCCCCUUGGAAGGUUUUGCCUACUUUACCAACUAAGGGAGAUCUUAAGAAAUGAUAUGUCAGAAGUAAUGUUGACAAAAAGCACUUUGUGAAGUUCCUAAGCAUAUUUCAGUUUACUAUUUGUUGAAAUUUGUAAAACAAAUUUCACGGGAAACUGACAUCAGAUCCCUUGAGAAAGUUAACAUCUCUGACUGCAUACUUCAAUAUACAAGUGAAGAAAAAAGUCAAGACCUUCGGGUACUGGUUAGCAGGAAGAAAGUCUUACAAAACACUAGUCUCUGUCCACUUAGUUCCUGAUUAUGUACAGGGUUAAUUUAUGCUGACUCUCUUAAUAAACGAAUCUCCUUCCAAAGCAUACACAGUAAUUGCCUGGUUCACAGACAGCUGCUUUUUAUUGACAAACAUGAUCAUGGAAUUUCAGUUGUGGGUGUCAAGCACAUUAAUACUCUUCUGUUUCUCAGCAUUGUCAAUAGUUUUAAAUUAUUCUUGUGCCAUGAAAAAUGAGACGAAAGACUAGAUAGAAAUUUGACUUGUUUUCCAGUCAUGUUAAAAAUCAUGCAAACCAGCAAGCUAUAAAAGCCUUUGUUCGUAAGGCCGGUUCUUCUGUACAGAAUUAAUGAACUAAGGGAGAAUUCUUGCAGGAUUGGGAAGAAGAAUAGGUGGAGGAAAUAACCUGACCCUCACAUUCAGUAUGAACACAGCUCCGUGCUUGCUUUCUCUUUGGAAUCUAAUUAUUUUUAAGUCCAGGGUCCAUAUCCUCAUCGUCUUUGAAACGCUCAAGAUGUUGAAAAGCCAGAACUGUGAUCCUUGUCUUUUACACCAGUUCUAGAGGGGCUGUCCAGGAGCCUGAAGUACAUGUGACUUGUUUGAGGUAGAAGUGUCUGAGCUAGAUCCCAAAUUCUGGGCCAAAAGAAAGGAGCAGAAAUAGUAGAUGGCUGAAAAAUUGCCAGCCUUACAAAGUCAAGUUCAUUUUAAAAAGGCAGAUAGCACAUGCUGCCUUUUCCAUCUUGCUUGUCUGCUGAAAGGGUGAGAGAGGAAGGUUGAGCAGCUGGGCUGUGCAGGUUAGUUGCACUGCAGCCUUGCCGUUUUAGCAGUGUGUGCUACACACCUUGUUGGGGUUAAAGGUUGGUCUGGGCUGCUAAUGCUAAACCCAUAGUCUUCUGUACUUUAUUGAUACAUGGUUAACUAUGAAAUAAAACUCAGUGUCUCUGAUGCUGGAAAAAUCAGAGUAUGAAUCAACUCUUUCGUCUUUUUUUCUGCUAGGGGUAGGUGGAGACAAAGACCAUCUCAUCUGCACUCAAUAGGUAGAUGAAGCAGAGAUAUUGGUAUCACCAGGAAGUCAAAAGGUGACAAAAGCUUUUAGUUUCUUUUCACCUGAUGCUCUUAGGCUAGGUGGGAACAGGUAUCACUUAUGCCCUCAAAUAGUCCCAGCAUACGUUUGCCAGAAGUGUUGAGGAGAAAAUCCAGGUGUAUGAACCUGAAUGAAUCUUGUUUCUGACUUAACUUUGGUGGCC